AUGGCUGAGCUAAUGGCUAUUACUUGGGGCAUGGAAACUGCUUUGAAGAUAAAAGUUAACAAAAUGCUUAUCCAAUCGGAUGCUUCAAAUAUGGUAGAUUGCAUCAAUGGUAGUAAAGACUCAGCUGUUAUAAACCCUAUAGCUGAUGAUUGUAGAAUGUUUUUCAGAAACUUCUCCUUUUGUUCUGUCAUGUUCAUUAGUAAACACCAAAACAUCCUAGCCCAUAAUCUUGUUAGAGUUUGCAAGGCUUUAGGUUCUAGCACUUGGCUUGGAGAAUGUCCUUUGCUUGACUUCCAAGGCUCCUUUGUUUCUUCUCUUGGUUCUUAA